GCGUGUCUGUACAUUCGCGGGCACUUACACUGUUCCCGUUUCGUUUUGCCGCGCUUGAGCAUCAGCGUUUAUUUUUAGUCGCUGUCGAUGCGUACGUACACAAAGUGCGUUGAACUUCCUAAGCAUAUCUUCGAUCCGUUUACGCGUAAUAUCGAUCGUUUGCAGAAAUUACUUAUAUUUUGGGAUUAUUCGACCUUUAAGAGCCUUUAAAAAAGCAUGUCGCGUAGCAAAGUUUGAAAUUCCAGCGAUCAAAGUUGUAACAGUCAAAAAGUCAGUGGGCCGUAUCAGCGGAAACAUGCAUCACGCGGCUCGAAUUCCUCGAAAGCUGUAUGAUUCAGCUUUCCUUCGAAAGCCCUCAAAUUAGGACUCAACUCUCGCUGUCAGAUUCCCGGACACGUGUAAUCUGCUUGGAACUAUACAGAGCAAUUAUCAUCAACUCUUUUUGAAGAGGAACGCAUAGGUAGCAGUCGCUCGCUUGACGUAGCCUCGCGCCCGAAAAGUUUGCCUCCUGCAACAUAUACACGGGCCAUCAGAGAAAAAUGAAGGGAUUCCACGAGGGAUUAGGAAACAAACUUUCCGUACGACGGCUGAUGCACGAAAAAAAAGGAGCCUACCGCGUUGAUUCGAGCUUGCAAGCACGUGGCGAGUGGGAGAAUCGAACAAUCGCCGGUGGCUAUGGUAACUGAGCGGUGGUUGUAUACCGAAGAAUGCAGCAGUCAGACGUGCAUUUCAGCGGUUCAAGCUCAUUCACCGGCGAGACUACGAGCCGCGCACAGUAGACAUGCCGAGGGUUGCCAGCAGCACUGGACUCAUCGCGGCGCGCGUGCGGCCGGUUAGGAGGCCCAAGCCUAAGAAACUGGAGCUCGUGGGGCCAUCGGUACCGGCGCCGUUCACUCUGCGUCCGUUUGCCGGUCUCUUCAACCCAUAUCCUUACGGCUGCUCGGUACUGUGCAAUCAUCCAGCGGAUGGCGAGGCUAAGGAGAUCGUUCGCCGAGCGAAAGACACCUGGGCGAGCGAAGGCAAAGCUCUAUUGCUGCCAGCAGAGCUAGAGCUUCUGCAUCAGCACAACAAGCCGAUCAGCGGCGGCGAACAUCAGGAGGGUCUGGACGUUCCAGAGGAGCUAUUCCGGCGCUACACCGAGACGGACUCGCGUCCGGUGAGUCCUACUAUUAGCGUCGAGCCGACACAGAUCAACGAUGACGAUCUCGACGGCAGUGCCAGAGAGACCCUCAGGACGACGCUGGUGCUGGAUCUGAGGGCGAGCUCGCACGAGAUUCAAGAGAACGAAACCCUCAGUUGGCGAGCUUUAACGCUUGAACCAAUACCCAGCACGCGCAGGACCGAUCUCUCCUCCAGUCAACGGCGUAAACCGGUUUCUUCUAGGAAUCGGUCGACGACUGCGCUCUCCACUUCUCCCGUUCGCUCCGUUCCUGUGCUUGAGGUGAGCGACGCAGCCUCGACUCGCAGCGCACCAACGAAUCUCGCUCCAAUCGCUCCCACCGAAGACGAUGACGACGAGGAAGAAGACGAGGACGACACUGGCCCCGAGGAGUCGGCUCCGAUGCGUCGGCGCGGAAAGUUGCGCCGCAAAAAACGCAAGUGUCGUCGGGGCUCGAUCUACGGCCAACAGACCGAGGUCCGCGAGCCACCUGAGCCUCUCGAGACCCAAGUCUCGCAGAUCGACGAGGGUUCUAGGAGGGGGUCAUUAUGCACAAAUCGGUUGGAAGAAACGAGGCAAGCCUCCUUGGACAAAGGCACUUUGCCAGCAAUCAAGCACGACAUGCCGCCGAGCUUUCUACCACCGGAAGUCCUGAAAGAACUGAGCAGAGAGCUGGAUCGGGAAGCGGUGGAAUGGGAGUUCAAUGCCAAAAGAAGAAUAGCUCUGGAGGAAGCCUUGAGAGUCAGCGGUGGCAGAGCUGCGCCUCCCCGACAAAGUCCAGUCCAGCCCAUCAGCCAGUCUACCGUGCCUCGCCUCUUCUAUCGUCAGAGCGCCAGGUUCGAGUUGCUCGACAGCCAGUCUCUGGUCGGCCUGAAACCUCUGGACUACCUGGGCCGCUACGUCUACGUGAGCGACACCCGCAAGUCCAUGUUCAGUCGGGUUUUCAACAAGUACCGCGAGGAGAGCAACGAUUCUGGCCCACGUUACAUGCUCGCUCGACAUCUAGCCGAGGCGCUGCACGAAGUCAUGGGCCGAGAGCUUGCUUCCUCUGAGAUAGACUUUCUCGAGAACGCGCUCGGCGAGAGGCGCGAACUUCUCGACUUCAGAACCUGGUGCGGCGUCUGCGCGUUCGCCGAGCGCGGUUUGCCCGAGCUGCCGAGGCGCGAGGACGAUCCAGCUUCCUGGCUCGAGCGAGCCGAUUUCGAGACGCUCGAGAGGAGGCUGAGAAACGUCAGCGUCGACGAAAAACUCGCCGCUAUGCUCAGGCUCAUUAGGGAUCGCUAGAGCGUGGGAUUAAUAAUUAUACGUUCUGUGGGGAUAAAAUAAUUGUACAACGUACUAAUAAAUAAUGAUUAACUAUGUACUUAUAAGAUUAAUAUUUUAUAGCGAGCAAACAUGUUUUAUAGAUAGCGUGUAACUGUGUGUAUAUAUAGUUGAAUAUAGCUACAUUUAUUAAUAAAUAAUAAAUGGCAUUUAAUGCAAACUUACUUUAUCCUUUAUAUAAUAACUGCAGAACUAUAAUUGUUGUUUAUUUAUUGAUUUCAAAAUUUACAUAUAAACCGUGCCGUAAUAUAUCAUUAGUCCCUAGUGGAAAAAAAUGUAAUAAAUUGUAAUAAAUUGUAAUGAAACGUAAAAAAGUGUAAGAAACUGUACCUUUUUAUUGGAUUUCGGACCUUUUUUUCAAACGUUUUUGUAUACUUUCUGACAUUUUCAGAUUUGUUAACUUUUUUUACAUUUUAUUACAUUUUAUUACACAUGUUAUUUUACCGCCUAAUGUAUUCAAUAUAUUUUUUUAAUUAUUAAUUUUAUAAUAAAAUGUAACAAUGCAUAAGAAAUUCUAAGAAAAAGUAAAAGGAUGUAAGUAGAAGUAAGAAAAUAAAAAAGUCGUCAUUUUCUUAUAUAACAUUAGGCUUACAGACAAUUUUUUACAUUUUGUUAUAUUUUUUUACGUAUUGUUACAUUUGUCGUUUCAAAGUAGAGACCCUCAUGAAAUCCUGUAUCAAUGGACUUGCAAUAAAUUGUAAUAAAACGUAACAAAGUGUAAUAAAACGUAGCAAACUUUAAUAAAACGUAAAAAAGGUCCGAAAUCCAACAAAAACGUAGAAAAUGGUACGAUUUGUUACAUUUUCUUAUAUUUUAUUACACUUUAUUACAUUUUUUAUUUCCACUUGGGCGUAUUUGGAAAAACAAUUGUAGAUUUGGUAACAAGUUGUUAAUUGUGAAUAUUUAAAAAUGUUCAUUAGGGACAGUUUCGCAAAAAUCAGGAAAUUUUUAUAAAAAUUCGUUGUUUGAGUUGAGCUAGUUUUUGCGGGAAAUUUUGAGUUGUGCUAGUCUAGCGUGCGUCAAAUAAGUUGUGCUAUACUUAUGACGGGAAAUUUGAACAGUGCUACUCUUCGUAGGGAGCGACGAAGUAACAAUCUUCAGAAUUCCACAUCAUGCUUGGGGAACUUGCACCAAACUGGAGAACAAGGAUUGACUGUGGAAGUUUUAGAAACAUCGAGCCAUUAUAUAUGAAUUGGAGUCAAAUGUAAUAUAAUGACGCUUGUAAUUAAAUCCUCUAAAAUUAUAAAGACUGUCGAGCAAACAAUAAAUAGAGAUAUUUAUUGAGAUAAACUUCACUUUUCAUUUAUACUUUCU